UGUCAGCUCCCUGUUCAGCAGCCCAGGGGUCACUGGAAGAUGUUAUUGACUGCAAAAAUACUCGUUUUUGCCGUGAGUGGUUUCCUAAGAGUGGCAACGGGCUUUGACAUUGGAUUAUCCACAAAAUGUGUAGUGAUACCCAAGGAGAUGGGCAUGUGCCACAACAUUGGAUACUCUGAAAUGAGACUUCCCAACCUGAUGGGACACACAAGCAUGGGAGAGGUUAUCCAAAAAUCCACCACCUGGCAGCACCUUGUACACACAGACUGUCACCCUCAYGUGAGGACGUUCCUGUGCUCCCUGUUCGCGCCCAUCUGUUUAGAUACGUUUAUCCAUCCUUGUAGGAGUAUGUGUGUUGCUGUCCGUGACAGCUGUGCCCCUGUGCUCCUCUGCCAUGGACACCCCUGGCCGGACAGCCUGGACUGCAAUCGAUUCCCUGGAGAUGAGGACAUGUGCCUGGCUCCUCUUACUAAGGACCAUAAAUACUUGCAUAAAGUCCUACCGAAGCCUGCCUGCCAGACUUGCCCAGCAGUGGAGGAAUUCUUUACACACAAAAGAGUUCUCGAAGUUUUCUGUGACAGUAACUUUGCAGUGAAAGUAAAGCUUUCCAAGAAGAGAUCAGCAUUUGAUGACCCAGAGUAUAAUAUUGAAUGCCAGGUAGAAUUCAUUAUCCAGGGCUCCCUCUUGCCUUAUGAAACUCAAAGCAUGAUUCAACAGUGGCUACUAAUUAAUGAAAAAUGUACAGAGAGGAUGACUCCAACCCACCGUCCCAUGGUGUAUCUCCUCGUGGGGAAUAUUGAAGAAGGCGUCAUUUUAGUAAACCAGGUCUAUCGCUGGCAGAGGAAGGACUCCCAGCUCACUUUGGCCACUCAGAAGUGGAGAUACCAUAAAUGCUUGUAAAUAUUUAUCAUAUUAUUUGUAAAAAGAUGAUUAUACUUCUCAUGCCAAACCUAUCUUGUAAAUAGGAAUGUAUUAUAAAUUGAAUAUAAAGGUUUAAUUUCCUUUUAAAUUGUAUUGUAAGUUGGACUUAAACCCCAGUGUUAUCAGGCUUCCUUUCUGUAGUGUUACAGCUACUCUCAUCCAGUUUGAAGCUGGACAGCCAUGGAUAAAUACUUCUUCGGGUUAUGAUUUAAAAAAAUUUGUAAUAUGUGCAAACACAGGCAUAAACCAAUUUCAAAUCCAGCUGACUACUUUUAGUGUAUUUGUCUAUACCACCCACUCUACCAUUUUCUCCAGUUACCUAAAUUUUCCCCUGCCUAAUGUUUCAUGAAUCCAUCUCAUUUUCUCCCACUGAUGUAUUUUGAAAGGAGGCAGCCCUCUGCUGGUCGCUUUUGCCGGAAUUAUAGUGGAAUAAAGAGCAUAAUGGCAACUGUAAACAGGGUAUGGCUGGCACCAGUCACAAGAAGAUUCGGUAACUAAGCGUCAUAAAUCAGAUCCCUCCUACUGAAAAGUCCCUUUUCAUUUUCAGAUACAUUAUAAAAGUCAGUGUAUAAAAUAGUUCACCAGUUCUCCAAAUCAUCUGCAGGGAACUAACAAAGUCACAAUAUUUAAAAAAACCCCAAAAAUUAAAAAAGAAAAACAUAUUACCGCAGGCACAAGAUUAGCAUCCUCACGGUAAGUGCAAUACACUGACAUUAAGACUACGUGAGGAUGGACAGAACUUGACUUAAUUUUUGUUUCAUAAAUGUGAAUAAUAAACGCACUGUGAUUGAUAAURCA